UCAGUAGCUCGCUGCGCCUGCGACGAGGUGAGUUUGUCAUCUAUAUAUUUGAUACCUAAAUCAACCGCCCCUCAUGCGACUCAGGCCUGCCAGCUAUGUAAACCUCUUCCGGUUAAGUAGCUUCUCCGGUGAACUGCGUUUGUCAGCGCCACCCGCCUGCCGUCUCAGACCGACAUUACACACCGGUCUGCCUUUACUCUUCGCCCAGAGACUCACGAUGCAGUCCAGUGGAAAUGUAACUAGCGGCGGAUGCGGCGACGAGUCCCUGGGCCGAACAGAUAACCCGGGGCCGGGGCAUUUCAGAACCAUCCCCGCUGUCAUAACAGAGGACCUGGGUCCUCCGCUCGAGAAGAAACGGGUGGAGAGCACGCUUAUCGUUAACGAGAGGAAGUUGAGGACCCCCAGUCCGUUGUUUGGGGCCAACUGUGAUGACGACUCCGAGGCAGAGUCUUUCCGGGAUGGCAGAACCGAGGAGGUCGACCGGGACACGAGGGGCAGGGCGCAUUCGUGGUGCCGAGAGUUUCUGUCCGGCUCGUGGAAGACUCUCAGAGAGGAUGACUUUCAAAUCAACAUCGUCAGUGGUGGACUGAGUAAUCUGCUGUACCUGUGUACUUUGCCCGACCACGUGCACUCUGUGGGAGAUGAGCCUCGCCAGGUGCUCCUCCGAAUAUAUGGUGCCAUCUUACAGGGUGUGGACUCACUGGUGUUGGAGAGCGUCAUGUUUGCCAUCCUGGCAGAGCGAACUCUUGGGCCAAAACUCUAUGGCAUCUUCCCCGAGGGACGCUUAGAACAGUUCCUUGUGAAUACCCGCAUGCGCACAGAACAACUUUCAGAUCCGGCCAUCUCAGCUGAGAUUGCCACCAAGUUGGCACGUUUCCAUGAAAUGGUUAUGCCAUUUAACAAAGAGCCCAAGUGGUUGUUUGGGACCAUUGACAAAUACAUGGAUCAAGUGAUGAAGCUUAAUUUUACACGUGAAGCACAUGUGAAGAAGUACAAGAAGCUGAUGAAGUUUGACCUGCCUGCUGAGCUGGACAGUCUCCGUGAGUUGCUGGCUGCAACUCCAUCGCCAGUGGUGUUCUGCCAUAAUGACGUCCAGGAAGGUAACAUUCUGAUGCUGGACGACCGGGACCAAACCUCAGCAGACACACUCAUGCUCAUUGACUUUGAGUACAGCAGUUACAAUUACAGGGGUUUUGACUUCGGGAACCAUUUCUGUGAGUGGAUGUAUGAUUACACCUACAAUCAGUGGCCUUUCUUCAAAGCCUCCCCAGAGAACUAUCCCACCAGAGAGCAGCAGCUUUGUUUUAUCAGAGCUUAUCUGGCAGAACAGAAUAAACACUCUGACAUUACCAUGGACCAGACACAGAUUGAAGAGGACCUGAUAAUCGAAGCUAACAGGUAUGCAUUAGCAUCACAUUUCCUGUGGGGCCUGUGGUCCAUCAUUCAAGCAAAGAUAUCCAAGAUUGAGUUUGGAUACAUGGACUAUGCCCAGUGUCGUUUUGAUGCCUACUUCAAGCAAAAGAAGCUCUUCUCCUGAUUUCCACCAGAAUCCUUCCAUCAGAAUGUAACGUCUCAUUCAUUUGUUCUCGUCGUCCUUCAAGCUGAAUUCUGGACCUAUGCAGCCGGCUGACAAACAGUUUUGAUUUAAUUUCAGUUUUAUUUGUCUCGCUCAUGGUAAUGCAAUACAAAAGUCUAAAAGAGAAUAGCCAGCGAUUCACAAUCAAAACCCAACUGCAUCUGCGCAUGCGGAUGUUGGACUGAUGGACAUUAACACUUGAACACAAUGUACAAUCUGAGCAGUCCAUUUUAUUAAGGCACUUAUCCCUAUUAUGUGAGUUCUUACUACAGCAGGUAGUAGUACUGACUGUUGUUAAGAGCAUUGAAGGUUCUCUGGCAACCAUCAUGGUGGCUUCAGAUGGUAAAUCGUACUGUCGAGAUCCCUUUUAUAGACUAAACCAAUGGUAUAGAGUUUACCAUGUAAGGCUUUUGUAUGUCUCUUCUGUUUUGUGUUCUUUAGUCAUUCUACCUCACUUCUUUCUUCUGAUGUUCAUCCUGUAUUCAGGUGUAUAGAUUCCAUAAGGGCUGAUUGUAGCAGCAUGUGAAAAUAUUCCCCUCCGGUUAUUCUUUAAAGGUCCAGUAAAGUAGUGAUAUCGAUAUAAAGAUACUUUCUUCUCUGAGAUAACAAGUUGACACACACGACGGGGCGGCUCACACAUUCAAUUCAUUUGACCCUUUAUUUACACUCGAGAGAUCGUUGAGAGGUGACCCUCAUUUUCAAAGAAAUGGGGGGGGGGACCCUUUAAAAAAUAUCGUUUUGCGUCAGAUCGUUUAAAAAUCAGACAUUCAAAAAUCAAAACGACCUGAAUGUGUCAGUUUUUACCCGAGGUGUCGAGCGUGGUAUCAACAUCAGUGUUUUUCAGGAUAUUGUAACAAAGUUAAGAAUUCCGGCAUCAUGACAACACUGCAGCUGAGUUGAUUUUCAAGUCUACUUACAUUCUACAGAUUUGUACAUGAGGGCUAUUUUGUACAGUAGUACUGUAGUCAACAUUAAUGUUUAUUCAACAAAAGUCUGUAGUGUUUUAUUUUGUCCCCACUUUUGAUAUCAGUUCUUAACUGUCCAUUUCUGCUGCACCUGAAACUGUCCACUGAUAUUUAAGUCAGCUUGCAUUCAGUACCAUUCUGUUCUGACAAUGGCUUUUCUGUUCUUGUUCUUAUUUUUAUUUCUGCAAAGAAUCAGAACCAUGUAAUACCUUUUAAAAUGACUGCAUUAGGUUAAUAUGUAACUAAAAUGUACAUCCGGUACAUUUAUGCAACCACAUCAACCCAAACUGUCUGGAUUAGAUUCCACCACCAAUCCUUUUAACUCUGACUUUCCUUUUAGCUUAUUUGAAUGGGAUCUGUGGUUUGAAAUGUUGUCUUUUGUGUUGGAUUAAUGCAUUUAAGGUCCUGUCGUCUUUGUUUUACACAAAGCUGCGUCUGUUUACUCAUGUCAAGAAACUAGAAGCUUAAUUGUGCCUCAUUAACUACUUGUUAGUUAGUUGUUGUUUUGUUUUUGUUUUUUUAAGUAUUACUGACCUUGCACAGUUUAUUUAUUUUAAAAUGUCUCUGUAUAACAUUGGUCCUUUUUGCACUAAGAUCAUUGAAAAUCUAAUAAACAUAUGUGCAUUGAA